GACAACUGUACAUUUGUCAUUUUCUUGUCAAACUUGCUCCGAAGUGCGAAAUCCAUCUCGCCACGCAUUUUGGCAAAUAACUCAUACGAAAUGGCAGAAUCAGCGACGGAGAUCCCUAUAAACAUAGAGGAGGCUGUUAGGGAAACUGUGAAAAAUGUUACAGAAAAGCCGCCGACGAGUAUUGAAGGGAUUGCGAUUGCAUACCUGAGUUUAGUGAUUAUGGCUGUUUUACCUAUAUUCUUUGGGGCUUUCCGAUCUGUAAAAUACUUGAAGGAGCAAAAGGAAUCAGGCGAGCGCACAGAGACGAUGUCCAACAAGGACGCGCUGAUGUUCCCGCUGAUCGCGUCCGCCGCGCUCUUCGGCCUCUACAUAUUCUUCCAGUUCUUCUCCAAGGAGUACAUCAAUCUGCUGCUCACUGGAUACUUCUUCUUCCUAGGAGUACUGGCGCUCAGUCAUCUGCUUAGUCCAGUGAUCUCAUUCAUGGUGCCAGCAUCGAUCCCGAACGUGUCGUACCACAUCCACUUCACGCGCGGUGAGGCCGGCACGCGCUCAGACAUCAUCAACUACAAGUUCACGUCGUACGACAUCAUAUGCCUCAUCAUCUCGCUGGGGAUGGGCGGCUGGUACCUGCUCAAGAAGCACUGGAUAGCUAACAACCUGUUCGGCAUCGCUUUCGCGGUGAACGGCGUGGAGCUCCUGCACCUGAACAACGUGGUGACCGGCUGCAUCCUGCUCAGCGGCCUCUUCAUCUACGACAUCUUCUGGGUCUUUGGCACCAACGUCAUGGUCACCGUCGCCAAGAGCUUCGAAGCGCCUAUUAAAUUGGUAUUCCCUCAAGACUUGCUGGUGAACGGUCUGGACGCGAGCAACUUCGCCAUGUUGGGUCUCGGCGACAUCGUGGUGCCCGGUAUCUUCAUAGCUCUGUUACUGCGCUUCGACAAGAGCCUUAAGCGGAACAGCGAGUUUUACUUCAGGGCGACAUUCACGGCGUACGUAGUAGGACUCCUGGCCACCAUCUUCGUGAUGCACGUGUUCAAGCACGCGCAGCCGGCGCUGCUGUACCUCGUGCCCGCCUGCCUCGCCACGCCGCUGUCGUUAGCUCUGCUGAGGGGUGAUAUUAACGCCUUGUUCAGCUACGAGGACCAGCCAGCGAUAAUAGAAGCGGAAGCGGAAGACACGAGCAAGUCAAAAAAGACUGAAUAGGCGAUCAUUCGGCCACGUCCAGAGCACAAAUACAGCACAGCUACCGUUUAAGUACAUUGACUUGUAGACCACGUGACGUGGACUGUGACGUCACAGUUCAUUUGAUGUAUGUAGUGAGCUCCGUUUACAUUACUAUAUUAAUGGCCAGUUUCACCAGUUAUUGAUACAGUCUCUGAUAGCCUGUCAAGAACUUAUCUACCAGAUAACUGACACUUUAUCGGUAACCAGGGAAAUCGGACCUAAAUGUCUUAACUUGGCAUUCAAAUUCUGAUCCCCGGUUCCUAUAAUAUUUUCUUUUUACAGGAACCGAGAUCGCUAGGUGUCGUAAUCUAAACUCAGCUCUAGGGAUCGUUUAGAAACCGCGCAUUGUUGCUGACUCGCUUUGCUCUCUUACCUCCUUACAGUAUGACCUUCUUAAACUGCUUGGACUGCUAUUUUCCUUUCCGUCCUAAAACGUUUUAUUACUAGUCGAUCAAUAUUUUAUGUAACUAAAAAAACAAGGUACGAUUUCUAAACGUUCCCACAUCAUGUGAUGUUCUAUAAAAAUGUACGUAAAUGUUGCUAUUUGUAAAAAAAAAUGAAAGGGUAAUUUUAAUUUAGACUUCCGACGUAUCUUCCAUUGUGUAGUAAAUUAAACAUGUCGAAAAUAUUCCGACGAUGAUGUCAGGUUGAAUUUGUCUAGUAAUUAUUGUAAAUGUCGUGUCACAAAUUCUAUUGAAAAUAUGCACGGUUGAUAUAAGAUGUAUGGAGAUAAAUUGUUGCAUUUAGUGUUAGCUCCGAAUGUGUUUUUUCAGGCUAAAUUAUGUGAAGAACAAACGCAAAGGUUUUAUUGAGAGCUUACAUUUUUAGGGCUAACUUAUCGUUGUGUUUGGCUCCCGGAGCCAUACUUUAGAUAUUACCCUAACAUCGAACAUUCCAGUACCCUUCCUGACCUCAUCGUUAUCAGCUUUAGAUAUGAUCGGAUGAUGUAACAUGUAUAUUUAUUAAAUUGUUUAAAUUAUAGCAACACUACGUCCAAAUUAAUUUCUAUAUUUUUAUGUUGAAUUAAAUAAUUUUUAUACUAUUUUUCGUUAAGGUAUUUUUUAUGGAAAAAAAAUCAUUUUAUAUGUCUUUGUUUUCUGUGGAACUUAAUAGUAAGUUUUAUAUUUUGUUAACAUCUACUAUGUCAAUGUCAAAAGUUACCGAUGCAAAGUAUUCGCUGAAGAUUUCAUCCGUUUUCUAUAACAUAGUUAUGUUAAGUACAAUAAAUAUAUCAUAUAAACGUGG